AUGUGGGGUGCUCCAAUGCAUGUAGAUGAGUACACUCCAUCAGUCCGUAUUUGCUAUAACUGCGGAAAAUUAGGACACAUUGGUUCUAAAUGUACUAAAGAGAAAGUGUGCCUUCAAUAUGGCCAACAACACUCCGUUGAGAAAGGUGAAAAUUGCACGAAUCCUAAAUCGUGUGUCAACUGUAAAGGUGAACACAGUACACUGGACCAUUGCUGUCCAAGUCGACUAGCAGAAGUAGAAACCAAACGGAUCAUGUCCGGAGAUAAGAUUUCUUUUCUGGCAGCCAAAAAAUCUCUGAGUAACAACCAUCAGAACACCAAUGUAGUACAACAACAACAACGUACAGCUUCCGGGUCAUUGGUCAGAUCAAAAAAAAACUUCCCACCCCUCCGUGCCAGCAGCCAACCCCUCAAAGAUUUUUCGACGAAAACAGAUGAAAGUAAGCAGCAAAAUAAUGCAUGGAGUCAUUUGAGAAAAGAAUAUGAAUCGUCAGAGGUACCAGUCUAA